AUGGAUCGAAUCAUUUUUCCACCGCCACCGGUCACUUCAAACUAUCAGGGAGAGCCGGAGAAGAUCGCCCAGUCGACAGACAUGAUGAUCAAAAGAACAACGGACGCACGGAAAAUGAUAGAGGAACUUCUGCAGAUGCUCGAAUUGCAGGAUAAAUGUCCGUGGUAUGUGAAUCUGGAUUAUUUUCCUGAAUGAGAGUUUGCGUUCUAUUCAGGCCUGACAUGCUGGAAAAAUUCUCUUCAUUGGCGUCGGCCAUGUCGAGUCUGCAAUCUUCCGUUCGAAAAAGCGGACUUCCGCACGGACACGAGGACUACGGACAGUUCCUGCGAUCACAUGUCCUUGUUCCGCAGAGAUUGCAGUACGAACCGGAUGAGGCGCUCCAGGUAGCACAGAAAAUCGGGAAUACCUUAAAAUGACCGCAAAAACUUCUCAGAGAGCCACACAAAAUCGAGUUUACUCGUGGAACCACGACCUGGUGCCAGAGUAUCUGCGGACGAAGGCGAAUCCAGAAAUGGAGAAUGAGGAGGCUUUGUUGGAAUCGGAGAAAGCGUCAAAGGGCGCUGAUCUGGUCAGUCGUCAGUUGACUGCCUACAACAAGAACAUCGACGGAUUGCUCGCCAAUCUGGCCAGUAUCGACCGAUUGCACGCUGAAGCCUCUCUUGAUAAGGUAAGCCCACCGACUUUCUAAUCCUGGGGUUAUGAAAAAUAUCAAUUCCAUUAAAUUGAGUCAACUUUGUCAGUCCGUUGUCCUCUAGACCUGAAGGUAACUUGCUUGUUCACCGGCGUGCGUUGACGAACUCGAUUCCCUUCUUCUACCCAAAAUGACGAAACUUUGCUCGAUGACUGUGUGUGUUCCGAGCUAUUCCACGUCGAUCGACGAUUUACUACACCGUCGAUCGACACGCUCGGAUCCGCAGAGCCUGUGAAUCGCAUUACGAUAAGAUCUGAUUGGAUUUGAAAGAGGGCGAGACGGCGACCGCAUCAUUUUAUCUUGAUUGCCUCGUGGUCUCGAGGUCGACGGACAGACAGAAAUGAAUGGGAUAAAAAGAUGAGAAAGAUCGGAGUUCUCACGAUGGAAUCGCCCCUGGAAAAGGGAACAUUGGAAAAAAAAUAUGAAAAUAAGCAAUAGGAACUAGCUGAGAGAGAAAAUAGCCGUCUGUAUAGUUGAUUUAGUUGAUUAGUAUAGUUGAUAGUUGGUUAAGCGCUCUGUACCUCUCAAAAACAAAAUCACUUUCAGCCAGCUCACAACAAAGAAGAGACGGCCAGAUUGGUGAAAUCAGUGCUGACCGGCGAAGGAAUGCGCACUCACCGCCCCGCCAUGGGCCCUCCACAGCCACAACCUGCUCAGACUCCCGUUCCUUCCACUCCUGUGGCUCCUCUUCAACAAAUACAACAGCAGCCGGCAUCCCAGAUGAUGAGCAACAUUCAGCACCAAAUGCCCAUGGACUAUCAGAAUUCACAGCUCCGUCAGCAUCUCAUGGGUCCGGGACAACAGCAGCAACAGCCUCCGCAAGGCACAUGCCGAUGUUCCAGCACAUACAUCCCCAACAACAACUUCAGCAUCAGCCACAGUAUCCGCAUCCGCACCAGCAGCAACAGAUACAUUCUCAACAGCAGAUGCAUCCUCAACAGAUGCAUCCUCAACAGAUUCAUCCGCAACAACAGAUGCAUCCGCAGCAGCAAAUGCAUCCACAGCAGCAAAUGCAUCCUCAGCAGCAGAUGCAUGCUCAGAUUCCGAGCCAAAUGGGUACGUCUUCUCAGCGAGUGCAUUUCUUCUCAUUUCCGCUCUCCUCUUUUUCGUCUCAUUUCCAUUUCGCGAGUAAACAGCCUCUCGUCUCUCUUUUCACUUGAAUAAUCUCGAGAUUAGCGCGAGCUUAUCAUAAUGGCGCGCGCACUUCAAUUCCUAGAGAAUCGAUAACAACGUCCGCAAGAUUUUCAGGAUUGGGACCCAUGA